UACGUGGUUGAAGACAAAGUUCAGGAUUUUUAGCUAUCUAUCUUCCUCCUUUUAGUGCCCUCCUGUGCAUGCUGAUUGAUUGUCUAGAAACUACUCAGACCCAUCAUCUCAGUUUCAGCGGCUUCUCUACUUGCUUCAAGCUUAGCAACGGAUCUCAGUGAGCAUGGGGCAUAAGUAUCUUUCUCUGGCUUUCUGUUUAUGGGCUUUGACAUGCUCACUUCUUCCCGCUUCUUCAAAUGCUCUUUUGAGGAUUGGCUUGAAGAAGCGGCGCCUGGAUCUUCACAGUAUCAAUGCUGCCAGAAUGACAAGAGAAGAGAAAUCAAGAGAGGGUAUAGUGGGUAUGCCCCAUUAUCUGCAUAAUUCAGAUGAAGAUAUAGUAACUCUGAAGAACUAUUUGGAUGCUCAAUAUUUUGGAGAGAUUGGAAUUGGCACCCCUCAGAAUUUCACUGUCAUAUUUGAUACUGGCAGUUCCAAUCUAUGGGUUCCAUCAUCAAAAUGCUAUUUUUCUAUUGCUUGCUAUUUCCAUUCUAGGUACAGGUCAAGCUGGUCCAGUACAUAUAAAAAGAAUGGAAAAUCUUGCGAAAUAAAUUAUGGAUCUGGAUCUGUUGCGGGUUUCUUCAGUCAAGACAAUGUUGAAGUUGGGGAUCUUACUGUCAAGGAUCAAGUUUUCAUUGAGGCUACACGAGAAGGCAGUCUGACAUUUGUGUUGGCGAAGUUUGAUGGAAUACUUGGACUAGGGUUUCAGGAGAUUUCGGUUGGGGAUGCUGUGCCAGUUUGGUACAAUAUGGUGCAGCAAGGUCUUGUAAAGGAGGAGGUUUUCUCCUUCUGGCUUAACCGGGAUCCUGAUGCAAAAGAGGGUGGUGAGAUUGUCUUUGGUGGUGUUGAUCGGAAGCACUUCAAAGGAAACCACACUUAUGCUCCAGUCACUGAAAAGGGUUACUGGCAGUUUGAAAUGGGAGAUAUUCUUGUUGGGAACCAUUCAACAGGUGUCUGCAAGUGGGGCUGUGCUGCUAUUGUGGAUUCAGGAACGUCCUUACUUGCUGGACCAACUCCUAUUGUGACUGAAAUAAACCAUGCCAUCGGAGCCGAAGGAAUUGUAAGUGCAGAAUGUAAGGAAGUUGUAGCUCAGUAUGGAGACUUAAUUUGGGAUCUCUUAAUCUCAGGGGUACAACCUGACAAAAUAUGCUCACAGAUUGGUUUAUGUCUUUUUAAUGGGGCUAGGUAUGCAAACUAUGGAAUUGAGACAGUGGUUGAGAAGGAAAACAGGAAGGGAGUGUUACCUGAGGAUGAUCUUUUGUGCACUGCUUGUGAGAUGACUGUUAUUUGGGUCCAAAAUCAGCUAAGACAAAAAGGAACCAAGGACAAAGUACUCAAAUAUGUGAAUGAGCUGUGUGAGAGCCUGCCAAGUCCAGCAGGAGAAUCAGUAAUAGGAUGCGCUAGCAUUUCAGGAAUGCCAAAUAUUUCAUUCACUAUCGCGAACAAAACUUUCAACCUCACUCCAGAACAGUAUAUUCUAAGAACUGGAGAAGGCCUUGCUUCUGUCUGCAUCAGUGGAUUUAUGGCUCUAGAUGUUCCUCCUCCACGGGGUCCUCUGUGGAUUCUUGGAGAUGUGUUUAUGGGUGUUUACCACACAGUGUUUGACUUUGGUAAUCUUCGAUUGGGUUUCGCCGAAGCUGCUUAGUGACCGGAAAAUGUAUAGUUAUUUUUAUUCAGUGAUCGUAAUUUCUGGCAAUCCCGCAGGUUUCGUGGUUUGUUGUUUAAGUAGUGUAUUUUGGUUUGGACCACGUGAUGGUUAGUAGAUAGUAUUUCUGGAUAUGGGGAAGUGCGUGCGUAUGGAUGCUUGAAGUAUUGCAAAGCAAAUUGUCCUAAA